UUCCUUUUUAUUUUAGUUUUCUCCUCCUAUACAUUAUCAUUGCUGUUGCCUAUGCUUCAAUCACAAAUUAUUAAUGCGCUUCCUCGUCGCAUUCUUGCCAAAUUAUGGGCUUCUAAAGAGACCAGGAUUUCGUUGUCACACCUUCAAUUGAUCCAAACGUCCAGUAACCAUAAACAGAAUAUGCCAUUGGCAACCACACCUUCGUUUCUGUGUUCAGAGUUACCUAUUCGAUAUACCCAUUUAUUACGUCUGCUAUCUACGCAGACAGCAGAAACUCUUCAGUCACCGGUGAUUAAGCAUAUUGCUCAUCAGUAUCUUCAUGAUAUAUGCACUUUGCUGCACCCAUCCCUUCUUGCCACAUCACCUCGCGCAUUCACGGAUGUUUUAUGCCGUUUACGCCAACGACAAGCUGCAUCCUUGAUUCGCCUUCGUUAUGCCUUGCUGUAUACGCCCACUGCCGCAUCGGUGGCUUUACUGGAAAAUAUGCAGACGAUCGGUUUCGGCAUCCAUCAAAUUAUCGAUCAACACGUGGCCUGGGCAACUCACAGUCGUUCUACUUGUAAAACGAACCGUGUUCAAUCGACGUGUGCCGUGGCCAUUGCUCGUCAAGCAGCCGAAAAUGCACGUAGCGCGUUACGGACCAGUUUAGGAGACGACAUACCAUCCAUUCACAUCAAACAGCAAUCUGAUACCAUUCCGUUUACGUUUGCACCUCAAGUUUUACACCGAAUUCUGUACGAAACAAUGACCAUUGCCUUACGCGCGAAUAUUAUGCAACAACGUCUUCAGUCAAGGUCAUGGCGUGACGUAUGGAAAAGAUGGUGGCCUCGAUCCUCUCAUGAAAAUGCAUUGGAUGUUCACGUCUUUGGUGGCCCUACCAGUGUGGGCUUCAAAUUGGACAGUCGCACGCCGCUUUUGCAUGGCGAUCUGUUGCAGGACAUCCCUCGGGAUGCGAUUGGCAUUCCGACAUGUGCGUCUGUGUUGAGUCGUACAAAAUCCGAUCAGCUCAGUAGUGAUGAUGACGAUUCACUCCCUGAUCUGGAAUGUGAAGUGCACAAUGGCUGGCGAUCCGCCAAAUUAUUGGCCAGCCAUUGGGGCGGCAAUCUUGAUGCUAUUUCCAUCGACGGUUUGGGCACCACCAUGUAUCUCGCUCUCGAUCGCGAUACUUCCCUACUCGAACGGUAUCCGUCCCGUUGGACUUCCACCCAAAACACUGCCUUGUCAUUGAGCAAUGCAACAGCACAAUUAGACGCUUUUCUCUACGCUAUUUCCGAUCCUCAGCAAAUUCACCAAUAUCAACCUUUCAAACACGAUCAUCAUGCCGUCUCGCUUUCUGCAGCCGUCGGUCAUGCCUAAAAUCUAAGCUAUCUUUGAAUCGGUCCUUUCCCAUGUAUCCCCCGAUUAUGUAUAUAUGCAAUGCAACCUUUCUUUUUUCUUUUACUUCUCUUCAUUUUCCUUUUUACGCUCUUGCCACCUGU